GCUAUCUUGCUCGUGGUUUACUGACAACAGCAACUGGGCAAUGGAUUCUCCCUUCGCUCGUUGCGAGGGGAAUCUGUGACCCCAAUUCCGAUUUCCUCACCUUCUCCCGUCUCAAUUGCAUCGGAUCAACCAUUAAACCAGCGAAAUUUGGUGUUUUUCUUUGAUCCCUCUUCGACUUGGGCGCUGAUUCACCCACUUUGGGUGGAAUUUCCAGAGAUUUCGGUCAUAGAGGUCGUCUCAAUCUCGGUGGCGUUUGUUCUUACAAUCACUUCUAUCAUUUCGAUGUCUCUAGAAGAUAAUUCAGUUUUCUGGUGUUUUUCCCUUUCGAUUUGAUUUGCUCGGGUUUUAUGUCAAAGAUCGUGAAUCUCUUGAUUUCUCUCAGAAUUGUCUUAAAUCUCAAAUUUUAGUAGGAGAUCUGCGUUUAUGAUCAUUGAAUGUUGGAUGGAUUGGCUAUUGUCUAGAUUCUGGCUGUCUUUAGAGGUUUUUUGAUGCUUGGUCUAUCGGUGGGUUUCAUGCUAACAUGAAAAACCAGUCAUUUGGGUCAGGAAGCCCCAAAUCCUAUCAUGGCUACCCCAGGGGUGACUUCGAUUUGGAAUCCGGAAGCUUUCGCAAGAGCUUCCGAAAGCCUAAGAACUCAUCACGAAUUGGUCCCAUCAGGAUGAUGAAUUCCAUUGCCAACCGCAUUCAUUAUUUUUACAAGCUUCAUCCUGUUGCAGUCUUUCUUUCCUCCUUGGCCUUUGGUGUGGCCAUUCUGAUAGUGCUUUCGAUGUACGAAAGCCGAAUUAGAAUGAUGGGUUUCCGGAGGGACAGUGACUUGAGUUCGGGUUCUUAUCCAUUGGCAAAUCUCCGUAAUCUUGUGAUGGUUGCUGGGCAUUCAAUCUAUACGAGCACUAGCUGUGGGAAGAUUGACAGUGAGGAUUCGUGGUUUCUGGAACCGUAUCAGAAGAACCCUGGGCAAGCAGCUACUUUCUUGGCACAUAUACAGGAGGGAGUGGAGAGUGCAGCUAAGGAUGAGGGAGCACUGCUCUUGUUCAGCGGUGGGGAAACUCGGAAGGAUGCUGGCCCUCGUAGUGAAGCACAGAGCUAUUGGGCUGUUGCAGAAUCCAAAGGAUGGUUUGGAAAGCAAGAUACUAUCAGGAGUAGAGCGCACACAGAGGAGCAUGCAAGAGAUAGCUUUGAGAACCUUCUUUUUAGUGUUUGUCGUUUUCACGAACUUACAGGCAGUUAUCCUCAAAAUAUUACUGUUGUAAGCUAUGACUUCAAGAAAGAAAGGUUCGCUCAUUUGCACCGUUUAGCAAUAGGAUUCCCGGAAGAGAGGUUCUUCUACACCGGUACUCCUGCUGCUCCGGGCGCAAAGGAGGCAGCGGAGAAAGGUGAGGCCUUUGUCCGGGCCCAGUUUCAAGAAGACCCUUAUGGAUGUUUAGGUUCACUUCACAGGAAGAGACUAAAGAGAGAUCCAUUUCACCGGUUUAUCCCUUAUCCUAAUGGCUGCCCUGAAUUGAAAAGCUUAUUCGACUACUGCGGUCCAGUUCCUUAUCCCGGCACACUUCCUUGGAUCCGGUAGUCUCAAGUUCAGAUCGUGAAAUCCAAUCUAUAGCCUGGAACAUGUACAAUGAAAUAUAAUAUCAUCCUCUUUGGACUUUUCAUGCAUUACAAAGGUUUUGCAGCAAGUUUAUUACCAAAAAGGAAUGUCUCAGAAUAUUCAACUUUCUUGUAAUAUUACUGUAUGAAUAUGUGCUCACUUAUCGACAAUGUCAAAUUCAAUGUUCUGCA